AUGACGUCUCCCUUCCCUCUCCUCCAUGUACCAAACCUCCCUUUAGCCAGAAUUAUUGAUUUUAUGGAGCCCGAUGCAUUAGUAUCACUUUCCUUUUGCUCUCAGAAAAGUCACUCUGUCAUCAAAACUCUACGAAAAAUGCCUCAUGACGAACGUCUGCUUGUAGGGGGAUCCAAUAUACCUGCACCAUUCCUUUCACUUACAAAUUUCGGCUGUGUGUUGAGUACAACUUACUCUGCAUAUAUCUCAAGUUCUAAAAAAGAGGAAUAUGUGAAAUUGGGUGGACAACAAGUACGAGUCAAAGUGCACCGUUUAGGCGAAUAUUUGAUAACAUAUUGGGAGAAUAAACAGAAUGGAUUGAAGGCUAUCACUGAUUAUGUGAUUGAUCUUUUCAAUAUUGAUGUAUCAGAUGUCCGUGUAUGUAAAGAUUCAUUCAAGGUGAUUGAACAUGUGAACAGUAGACAGAAGACACCAUUGGAAAAAGUGGUUUACGUAGACUGGAAUGUCAUCCCAUCGGAAGAUGAAAUGAAUUAUAUUCUGAGGGAUUGCCCGUGUUCAUCUCAAAUAUGCAUAUACUCAAAAGCUCUCCCCGAUUUUCGCUUCUCGAAUAACUUCCGUAGAAUCGACUGCUUAGAUAUCAGUAAUUCCAAAUGGGUAACAAUUGAUAACCUAUUGAGCAUGGAUGGGAUCGAUAUUCAUCUGGAAAAUGCCAGUAUCACUAAUAGUGAUUUGAAUGUCUUCCUCAGGCACUGGCUGUCUGGAGGAUGUCCCCGAUUGAAACUAUUCUGCGCUAGAACAGGAUCCGAGGAUAUCUUUCAAGUACUCGCUGGUUUACUGGAUAAUGCAGUUCUUGUGGAGGAUCGUGGAGACUACACCUGCCCAUUUGGAUACAGGACAACUUUGACAUCUGGAUUCGAUAUACGGCGUGCGGAUGGUGUGACAGCGACAGUAUGCAAACAGGGGAAUGGAACCUUGGUUAUUGCUGUUUGGCCGGAGACCACUUAUAAUUAUAAUUAA